AUGUCUACAAGAAAGCGAAAGCAGGAGGAGGAGGAGCUGGUUGAGUUGCCGGAGGACGAUUCGGAAGAGGAAGAGGAAUACGAAGAGAGCGAUGUAGAAGGCGAGGGAUCAGACGAUGAAGAGGAUGAGGACGAGGAGACUGCACAGCCGCCCAAGAAGAAGACCAAAAGAACCGAAGCGCCCAAGAAGCAAGCAGCCGACGAUGAUGACGAUGAGGAGGAAGUAGAAGGGGAAGUCGAAGUCGACGAAGAUGAUGAGUCGGACGACGAAGUCCAAGACGAGGAUGUCGAGGGCGACGACGAUGACGAGGUCACUGCGGACAAGGGAGGGCCGGCAAAAUCCAAUUUGAAGAGCAAGGGCGCGGUGCCCAAGGAGGACAACCUGUCGGAGGUGGAGGAGGCUGAAUAG